AUGGGUUUAGAUUGGAUACAAGAAUUAAACUUAUGUAAUAUGUCAAUCAAUUCUAUUUGUAAUAGUAUUUGUCAAAAUCAGGAUAGUAUUCAAUUGUGUUCAAAUCCGAAUAAAGAUACUAACCUGAAACAUUUUUUUUCAGAUGUAUUCGAUGGCAAAAUGGGGUUAUGCACUAAAACAAAAGCAGUAAUCACAACGAAACCAAACGUUCAGCCAGUAUUUAGGCCAAAGGGUCCAGUUGCAUAUGCGGUACAACAACUAGUUGAAGAUGAACUCAAAAGACUCCAAGAAUUAAAGGUUAUUUCACCAGUAAACUUCUCCGCAUGGGCAGCACCUAUAGUUGUUGUGAAAAAAACAAGCGUAAACGUACGCAUAUGUGCUGAUUUCUCAACUGGUCUAAACAACUGCCUCGAAUCACAUCAAUACCCAUUACCAUUACCAGAAGAUAUAUUCUCAAAAUUGGCAAAUUCAAAAAUAUUUAGCCAUAUAGAUUUAUCGGAUGCAUUCUUACAAAUCGAGGUUGAUGACGCAUCGAAACAUCUACUAACAAUAAAUACACACAUCGGGCUAUUCCAGUACAACAGAAUGGUUUUUGGAAUAAAAACAUUUCCAGCAAUUUUUCAACAAAUGUUAGCAGGACUAAAUUGCACUGCAUCAUAUAUUGAUGACAUAUUUGUUUCCGGUAAAACAGCAUCUGAACAUACAGACAAUUUAUAUGCAGUUCUUACAAGGCACUAUUUAGGGUACAUCAUUAAUCAAGAAGGGUUAAAACCUGAUCCAGAACGUAUUGCCGCUAUCAAGCAAAUGCCAGAACCAUCAAAUAUUACAGAAUUACGUUCUUUUCUUGGCGCAAUAAAUUUUUACGGGAAAUUUGUUCCGAAGAUGCGUGACUUAAGAGGACCACUUGAUAAUUUACUUUUACUUAAAUGUAAAAUGGAAAUGGGACGCGAUACAUCAGAAGUUUUUCCAUCAUCUUAA